AGGAAUUUCUAUUAAACAAUCUAUCAACUUUCUGUAGUAGAGCUCGAAAGGCAUCUUGUUUGUUCUGCUGGCACAAUCUAUCCACUUGAAACUCUUCUUGAUUAUAUUCAUUGCAUUUCUUUGCUUUUGCUUUCAUGACUGGAAGGCAAAGAAAUCCCACACUCCCAAAGCGCAGUAGCUGCACAGGUCAAAAGUCAAGCUCAACCUGAAGCUUGAUACCAUUGCAAUCAUGGCGGCGCAACCAACUGCUCAAGAUGUGCAAGCUUUUCUGGACAUGACUGGACAGAUAGAUCGCCAAGAGGCCAUACUGAGAUUGAAGGUGGGGUUAUUUCCUCCAGAAAAUUUGAAUGUACAAAACUAAUACAGACAGGGAAAUAAUAACAAUGUUCAACAAGCAAUCAAUGAAUACUAUGAUGAUUUGGAGACAGGCAGAAAUCCCAACAGAGUCAGUAUAAAAGAGGCAUUCAUAAAAUACCUAGUUAUCGCUAAUAGUCGCAGUACACUUGGGAUGACAGCCAAUUCAAUAGGGAUCGUGAGGGAGGUGGAGACCAGCAUGGUAUUUGUGAGUUUCUUGUUUUGGAAUCAAGCGGUUUGAAGGCUCUCACUAAUUUUUUAUAUUCAGCUUUUGCAGUGCAGGGUCCGGAUGAUUUUGGUUCCUAUUCUCACUUUGAAAGUGCAGCACCUUCUCGACCACCAUCGAGAACUAGUAAUAAUAAGUCACCUUUGAGUAAGGUUGUGGAUCUCACAACUGAUAAUGGUAGAUUCUUUUUCAAUACAAAUAUUCGCAUAUUCUAAUACAUCAAUUGGCAGAUUCUACUACUACCUUUAGCCAAUAUGUCGACAACGAUGACAAAGAACUACAGCAAGCAUUGGCAGCGUCUAUGGCAGACUCUAGGUUACCUCCACAACAAUCUGGGGUAGUGGGAACAGACAAGCCUUACUUUGGCCCUGCUAUGAGAACAGAUUAUGGAGAUAAUUGGGCUAUGGUUCCUAUAUCAACUGUCAAGGAGAUCUAUAUUGAUCCUGAGCCUACCGAUCGAAUUCGAGAUCUGGAAAACAAAGUCCCAGCCUUCCUCAAGCCUACUGGAGAAUCACACAGAUUAGGUGCUGUUCUUACUAUUUUUUACAACAUUCCCCUUGCCCGUGAGAUAUUCCUUAGAAGGGAUCAUGUCGAGACGCACUAUCCAUAUGAGGCUGGCUGGUGGAACGGCAGACCGAUAGAGAGACCUAUUGCAUCAUUUCAAGAAGAUCCCUACCUUGUGGCAGAUGAUCGGCGAUUUGGCCAGGAGGUCCAGAAAGUGAUGGCCUUCUUAGAUAAGACAGAGAGGAGCUACGGUUCACCCGAUGUUAUUACUACGCUUCCAUACAUGCAACAGCACGGAGGGAAUGAUGUGGAGUCUGAGUUCUUCAUGAGCUUCAACAGGUUAUUGCAAGGCACUGAUUUAUCGAAGCACCUCUUCUCUUCAGGCGUUCUUGGUUCGGACCCAGAUCCAGAUGACACAGAUACAGAAUUUGCCAUAUUCGAGCUUCAGCUUCCUUCAAAAGAUUCUCUUUGCGAAAAUCUCUAUGAUGUUGCAGACGAGGCACUGUGGAGCAAUUUUCCUCUCGUUCUUGCUAAGAGUCCUUACCUAGGUCACCUUGGCGACAUGAUUACUUUCAGACUCAGAGGUGAUAAACAGAGCGACCAAAAAAGUAUCGACGUACCGUUAGUAUGGUACCCGGAUAGAUACCUAGAGGUUGCAGUUAAAGACGCACUGAAUAUGCGCACGAGAAAGCAGAAUUUAGAGCUGCAAAUUGCGGAUAUUUCUCGUAAUGAGAGACAGUUAACAUGGACUAUUCACAAUGGAAAAACACUCCUAGUUGAGGAUGUUAUGAAGAUGUCACUCAAUCAUGAUCAGAAUGAGCUCCCGCUCGGCGAUAACAAUAUGGACAACCUUGCCUCCGAUAAUCAUACAGGUCGGUCAAAGAACGCAGAUCUGUCUGAAAAACUCAAGAAAUUAAUGGAUGAUGUAAACGCGAAGCUAAAAAGUAAGAUCAUGCAAACUAAUCACCGACUAUUCAACUAACAGCAUCUAGGAUUACAAGAUCAAAAAGAGAAAGCUAAAGAAGCUUGGAGGGAGCUUUCGAAGUUGUAUACGGAUCCCGCUAAAACCUCCCAGCGCUUGCACAGAUACACUCUUCGUGGUAUAAGCCUGAGUAAGGAAACGACGUAUAUUUGCACCCGUAUAGAGCCGGAUCUCAUUGAUAUGGGCCUCAGUGAUGACGAGCGUGUCCCUCCUAGCGAUGGCCAGUGGUGGAGAAUCAAUUAUAGCAGCUGGUCUCCUCCACAAAUUACUGUUGAAGUGAGUAUUCUUCGAUCCUAAAUAUGUAAACGUUUUAAUCCGAUAGCAGAAAACUACAUCUGAGAAAGUCAUUGAGGCUUUCAAAGGUGAGAAUGAUACAGCAAUUCUAGUUUAUGCUUCCGACGAGGCAAUGGAGAUGACUGCGGGUGUAACACCACAUCCACUUCAGGUAUUUUUUUGUCUUUGUAUUUGCCCCAAUAAUCCCGCUAACAAUCCUUAGGCUUUCGUUCGCGCUGAUAACAUCGCUUUCAGAGAGGAGCUUUCCAGCACUCCAUUUGACAAUCCCGAUGAAUUACAAUUCUCACCAAGAUCACCAGGAAAGCGUAAGCGUGAUCAGCCCUCGUCUCGCUCACACUCUGCCUCAAAUGGACAACGGAAUGGUGUUGCAAAGGAAGCCUCAGAUAAUGAGUCUACGGUGACAGUUUCGGCGUCCGUGGCUCUACAAAAUCGCCUUGGUCAGAGUGAUGAAGUAAUUAUGGGCGUUGAUCCAUAUCCUGAGGGGAAGACGCAAGAAAUGCAAGAACGUAGUGGUAGUGGCUUGCUGCAAAACUUUACUAGCAACUCCAUUGAGAAAGGUGUGGCCAACGAUGACAUGGAGAUUGAAGAUCUUGAGACCGAUGAUAUUCAGGGUGAGGAACAGGACAUAUCAGCUAAUAACCAAAAAGAUGGUGGCGCCACUAUCAAAAGGGUUGGAUUUGUUCAGUAGGUUUGAGGAUAUUUUGCAUGUUAAUUGGCGUUCUUGCAUAGUCCAUUAUUCGAGAUGAUCCCAUUUACGAAGCAUAGACGGAUUGAUGAUAUUUGGAAGGACAUAUUCUUCACAUUGUACAUAUUGAGAGGCAUAAUACCCCGGCAGCACGAAGUAUGAGGCAUGAGGCAUGAAUUACGAAAGCGAUAGUUAGAGAUCUCGCAGUUUAAUAAAUGGCAUCACAACUCUAAAACAAACUCUUUGGAAUG